AUGAUUGAUGAAUCUCCAUCAAAUGACAAAGAAAAUGUCUUGAUAGACGUUGAUGCCAAAUCCAAAAACAUGUCUCCAAAGGCAUUGGGGCAGGAUGAGCUGUUGGAAGGCGCUGAUGAUGUAAUGGAUGAAAUAGAUGAUGUUGACGAUGUCGAAGAGGAAUCAGAAGACUCGGAAGUAUCAGAAGACGAUGAAAGCGUGCUAGAUAAAUCAAGAUCCGUAAUCCCUCCUGCAGACGAUUUCAAAGGGAUUGCAAAGAGAAUGAUGAAGCCAAUUCCAGACUACCCAGUAAAAGAUGAGAAGGAAUAUGUAUGGAAGAUUAAAGACUGGUCGUCAUUGAAAGCUGACAAGGUCAGAUCGCCGACUUUCAAGUGUGGAGGUUUCGAGUGGAAUAUAUUACUAUUCCCAAGAGGAAAUAAUAAUACUCAUCUUUCGAUAUAUAUGGAGCCACAUCCUAUUUCUGAUGGCGAGCAGAAAAGUGAUGAUAACUGGUAUGUUUGUGCCCAAUUCUGCCUAGACAUAUGGAAUCCAGCGCAUCCAAAUUGCCACCUUCCUAGUGGUUCCAGCCAUAGGUUUAAUAAAAAUGAAACAGACUGGGGAUUUUCAUCAUUGAUCGACCUCAAACAAUUACAUACUCCUAAUCCAAGGUUAAAUCAACUUCAUGCGAUCUUAGAAAAUAAUCAACUUAAUAUCACCGGUUACGUCAAAGUCAUCGAUGAUUCAAGCACAGGUGUUUUGUGGAAUUCGUUUAUAGACUAUGAUUCUAAAAAGAACACUGGACAUGUUGGAUUGAAUAAUCAAGGAGCAACCUGUUAUUUGAAUUCGUUACUUCAAAGUUAUUACACUACCAAAAUUUUCAGAAAUUUGGUAUAUCAGAUCCCAACUGAAAAUCAGAGUAACAACAAGAGUGUGCCUCUAAGUUUGCAAAGAAUAUUUUACCUUCUUUCAACCUCUAAUGAUACAGUUGCUACAUUAGAGUUAACGAAGUCAUUUGGUUGGGACUCGUCUGAUGCUUUCACUCAACAUGACGUUCAAGAGCUCAAUAGAAUUUUGAUGGAUAAAUUGGAAACCGCAAUGAAAGGUACUAAAAUUGAAAACAGGCUAAACGAUAUAUUUGUUGGUAAAAUGAAAUCUUACAUUAAAUGUGUAGAUGUUCCUUACGAAAGUUCAAGAGUUGAAGAUUUUUGGGAUAUUCAAUUAAAUGUGAAAGGAUUUAAAAAUUUGGAACAAUCUUUCAAAAAUUAUAUUGAGAUUGAAAUGCUAGAUGGCGAGAACAAAUACCAGGCAGGUGAUGAGUAUGGUUAUCAAGAUGCAAAGAAGGGUGUUGUUUUUGAAUCGUUCCCUCCAGUUUUACAUCUUCAAUUGAAAAGGUUUGAAUAUGAUUUCAUGGUUGAUGACUUGGUGAAAAUUGAUGACUUCUAUGAAUUUCCUGAUAAGAUAGACUUGUCUCCGUAUUUGGAUGAAGAUUUACCAGAUUCUGUGAAGAAUCAAAAUUGGAAUUACAAAUUACACGGAGUCUUAGUUCAUCAGGGUAGUAUUUCAAAUGGUCACUAUUAUGCUAUGAUCAAACCAUACGCAAGAGAACCGACUUGGUUAAGAUUUGAUGACGAUAAGGUAUGGAAGGUCACAAAUUAUAAUGUAUUUCAAGAAAAUUUUGGCGCAGGUGAGUUAUCAAGCGAAGAAUUUUCAAAGUUAUCUAGGCUGGACCAACAAGAAAACCUCAUAAGACGUGUAACAUCUGCUUAUAUGUUAGUCUAUUACCGUGAAACUGACUUAGAUAAAAUAUUACCAAAAGAUGUCUCUGGUGUUGACUCAGCUAUUCCUAACCAUAUUCCCGCUCAAAUUGAGCAAGAAAUUAAGGAGAAAGAAAAUUUAGAGAAAUUAAAACAAGAGGCAUUAUAUUAUACUAAUGUUAGUUUUCUUUCAACUAAGAAUUUCAACAGCUUUAAUGGGUUUGACCUAUAUCCGGAUCCCACUUUCCCAAAGUUUUAUGAUGAGUCAUUAGUAGACCCAACCUCUAAACCCAUGUCAGUGAAAGUCAAAAAGGAAGAUUCCUUUACAUCUCUAUACAAAACUAUCGGGGUAAAAUUGGGCUAUUGUGAUGAAACCAUAGAGGAUCUGAAGUUACACUCGUUACCAUUCAGACUACUUCCAACUAACCAUCGUAACAAUCACACAAAUAGGACAGAUGCUCCCGUUUCCAAAGAGUUAGAAAGUUCAUCUAUAAAUUCAGUCUACUCAAGGUGUUUUAACAGAAAAUAUGACGAAAUGGUGUUUUAUGUCGAAGAAUUGAAUAAGGAAUUACAUAAUGUCAUUAAAUUGAACAAAGUUGCCGAUUUUGGUGGGCCCGAAACCUUUGAGUUUCUGCAAGUCGCUGACAAGUUACAUAAUACUGACAAAAUUGUGAACUCAGAAUUCAAAUUUGAAGAUAUUGUGGACCAUUCGUCUCAUAUUUUGAUAUUCUUGAAAUAUUUUGAUCCUUAUAGCCAGCAGGUUAAGGGAUUGACUCAUGCUACUGUAUCAAAAGAUUCUUUGGUGAGCUCGCUAACAGAUCCGAUAAGAAAUCUCUUAGGAUUUAAUGAGGAUAUUCAGUUGAAUUAUUUUGAAGAGUUGUCUCAUUCUAAGAUCGAAAAAGUAGAUCUCAGUUCUACUUUCGAGAAAAGUGAGAUCAGCAAUGGCGACAUAUUGACUGUCCAAGUUUCAGAUGUUGAAAAAAUCACAAAUGAUAUGAAAUUCAAGAAUGCGUCUGAUUAUUACAGGUUUCUAUUGACUAAAUUACAUAUUUCCGUCAAGCCCUAUAAAGCUGACGUUGUUGAGGAAGCUGAGGACGUCGAUCAGAUGGAGGAAGAUCUAAAUGAUAUUCCUUCUUCAUUAACACGCAAUCAUCACCAUAAAGCUUUUGAUUUGUGGGUUUCUACGUUGUCGUCAUUCUCUGAUCUUGCAUCCGAAAUUGCAAGAAAUAUUGGAGAAGACGUUGAUCCAAGUUACCUAAGGAUAUUCAUAGUCAACAGCCAAGGUCAGAGAUAUGCUUUAAAGACAACUCAUCAUUUAUCUCAAUUUUUCCCAAAAACAGUGCCUGUCAGUCAAGUCACUACUUUUGAAUACGAAAUUUUAAAGAUUACUUUGCAAGAGUAUGAAAAUUUGAAGGCUGUAAAAGUAUAUUGGCUUAAUAACUUGCUGACUUAUCAGGUACACGAAUUAUUGGUCCCCAAAACUGGAUCAGUUUAUGAUUUAAUGAAUAAACUUUUGCUGACUAUAAAUUUGCCUCAUAGAGAUUACAAGAAUUUGUUACUAUGGGCAGGUGUUAAUCAUAAAUUUUAUGACUUGAUUAGAUUUGAUAGAUCGAUUGAGUCAUUAAACGACAGUUUUGAUAUAUAUGCGGGCGUUUAUCCUGCAGAAGUUGAAAUUUUAGUCAGCCAUGAUAUGAUCAAGAGGUUCAAUAAUGAACCUGUAAGUCCAGAUGAGCUUGAGGAUGAGAUCCUUAAGAAGGAAUAUUCUAAUGCCAAACUCUUGAAAGAUGACUUGAAUUUAAUUCCGGCAUUUCAUUUUCACAAAAGCAGCAAUUAUCAUCAUGGCAUUCCUUUCAUUUUACCUGUGUUUCCGGACGAAAAGUUCCUGGAAACGAAAGAACGUUUACGCAAGAAACUAGGUGUCGGUUCACUGGCAUUUGAAAAAAUCAAAUUUGCAUUAGCUGACGAUAAUGACAAAGGUCGAUACCUUGACCAUGAUAAUGAUGACUUGAUAUUGUACAAUGAAAUUAACAAAUCUCAAGUACAAUAUUGUUUUGCUUUGGACCAUCCAGAUAGAUCCCCUCGUCGCCAAAAUAACUAUGACAAGGGAAUUUCUAUCAAGUAA